GCGAAAUUCAAACCCUCAAGUUCUCUGGCGCUUUUUCUGCUAGUCUUUUAAAUGGAGCCGUAGCGGGUCGACGUUCGGCUCAUCAGAUAGAAAAUCUUUUUUUUUAAAGCUCCGCAGGGAAACGGAGCGCAACGAGACAUACAAAACAAGGGGUAAAAAUCUCUUGACCUUUUAUUGAGCUUUUGCUCUGCUACUGCCAAUAUGAAAUGCGAGAAAGAGCCCAAAGAGUUUGGCCAGAAGAGGAGCUCUCUUUGGAAGAGGGAGGAUGGCCCCAAAGUGCAAAGUUCUCCCUGUGUCGAGGAGUGCCCUGCAUCCUGUCAGAAGGAGAACGAGAGCACCUUCGUCUCGAACCUCCCAUACAGUGGCGACUUGGACAGCAGCAUCCUGGACGACAGCGGGUACCAGUCCCUUCACACCAGUCAGAUCGAACCCGAGUGUGGCGCCGCUGAGCACUGCGGGAAAUGGCAAGAGCGAAGCAGGUGUUCCUUGUUGGCCCCGGUGGUGGACGACUUGUCCUGCGAGGCUGACCACUCUCAAACCAAACUACCACAGCUGCACUUCCAGCUCGCCGUCUGCAAACGACUCUCUGAGAACCACAAGACAAACCGAAGGUUCUCCUGGAAGUCCAUCGAAGGCCUGGCUGAGCGCUUCGGUCUUGAGAAGGUCAUUGGUGGGAAGAUGGGCCUUGAGUGCGUGGAUGUCCUGCAGGAGCUGUGGCUGCGAGGCAUGAAGCACAUCCUGGCCAUGAUCCUCGGCCUUCUGGCAGACAUGGAUUUGAUAAACUGUUCAAAGGUGAGCAGAUGUUGGCGGAAGAUAAUUUCCCAGGAUGACCAUGUGUCCCAGCGCUACAGGGCAGCUAAGCUGAAGCUUUGGGAGUCCAGGCAAACGGUGCCCAUGACGACGCGGGACUUUGCCGCCUGCAGGUCUGCGCUGUCUUGUGUCCAGGGUUUGUCAUCCACUCCUGUCCAGAGGUGUUCUCGGAGGACCGUGUCCCAGAAAGCAUGCAAGCAGAGCAAGAGCAGCAGCCGGCAAACUCGCUAUACGGAGUUCCAAGAGGCUGCCAGCACGCUGAAGCAGCACGAAUCCCUGAAGGCCUGCAAGCGCUGUGGUUCCCCUGCCAAAUGCAACCCAGAGGCCUUGAGAGCCACCUGCACACGGCAGAGUUGCGGGUUCGACUUCUGCACGCAGUGUCUACGCGAGUACCACGGCUCGUCUGCCUGCCUGCUUUGUUCCCCAGCUUCUGGCAGUUCCAGAGACGUUCUUGUUAUCGGAAGCUCUCGUAGCAAGAGGAACGUCAGACGCCUUUAGAUUCUCCCAAAGCAGCUUUUAAAAAAUGACUUUUAUUUCAAAAGAGCCAAGAAUAUUUAAGUAUCAACUUUUGACCUUUGUCCGUUCACCUUCAGAACAAAGCAUGGAUUCCAUCAGAACCAGAUCCGGGUUCUUAAGCACAGGUGGCACCGCGCUGAGCCGUACGGUGUGACAAUCACGCAGGAUGCUGUCUGCUGGGAGGAUAAAUGAGAGCAGAAUAUAAAUUUUUACUAGUUGAACUUUUUUAUAAAUGUUAUAUUUUCAAAUGGAAACACA